AUGGACAUGCCUUUCGAUGUUAGUGAACCUCAAGUUGAAGGACACGACGGCUUUGCCAGAUUCUACUGGAAACAUGACGAACAAUUGCAUCCUUUGAGAAGGAAAAAAGGAAAAGGUGAAGACACACAUGCUCCCAUGGAAAGAACAAGAUAUGCAUAUGAAAAGUAUCGUGAAGUUAGAAGUCAAAUUACAUCUGGUCGAACCUUUACAGUAAACUUUGACGAAGGAAAGAACAAAGAAGGCUUCAUGGGAGUACUUGCUGCAAUUCAAGACGGAAAUAAGAAAGGACACAAUCUCAGAUUGACCAUAACAGAUUUGGAUGGUCACAUUUACUAUGCACAUGGCAAUGAACAAACAGCCGCAAAACUUCUUGACGCUUUCAAGACUACAAAGAGAGAACAAAUGGUUGACUCCGACUCAGACAUUUUGAAUGCAAUUGAAGGAAUUGCAAGUGUCAAGUUCGAAUGGUACCAACCUAACCCUCAAGCAGUCAGACAACAUGCUGGAUACUUCCCGUUCAUAAAUAAGUCUGACAUUGACUUGACAAGGUAUGGAAUUUACAAUUCAAUUGAAACAAUUGUCAAUGAACCUUGCAUUCUUACAUGUCUCAGGAACUCUGGUCUUGUUACAGAUGAGAAGAUGAAGUAUCUUGAGUCAUGUGUGAAGACAAGGUACAUUCUCAGAGGUCAAUUGGCAAAAAUUGCACCGUUGGCAAAUGUUAAUAUCCGAGUCAACAUACCUACAGCUAAAGGUUCUUCACAUGACGACUAUGUUGUUGACAAAGACUUACCAUGGUUGAAGAUUGUAAUUGUCCACAACCACUUCAUGUUGAACGAAAGUCUUACAAACCCAUUCUUUGGUAAAAGUAAGUGCAACAUUGUCAGAGCUGUAAACAUUCUUUUCGAGAAAGGUUUGUUGGAACCAAUUCCAGAUGACAAGCUGACAGAAACUUUU